AUGGACCAAGCCGACAUCCCCGCGCUGCUGUCGCGCCUCGGCAGCGACGAGGAUGCGGUGCGCAAAAUGGCCGUCUUCAAGCUGCAAAACUCCAUCAACGACCCCGCGUUCGCCGACGUCUUCAUAUCCUCGGGCGGCCUCGUCGUGCUGCGCCGUCUCAUCAUGACGUCCCUCGGCAACACCCUCGCCUACACGCUCCAGAGCUUGACGCGCCUGCUCGAAGUCGAUAUGGGCUGGGAGAUCUUCGAGACGCCCACGGCCACCGACCUUGUCGAACGAAUCGUCGAGCUCAUCGUCACGAACCCGCUGGUUAACAUCCUCAGGGGCGCCAUGGCCAUCCUCGUCGCGCUCGUCAGCCACUCCCAGUCAAGCGCCACUGCGAACUCGCCCGGUUCGGUUCCUGGCACGUUCGGCUUUCGCGCCCUCCGGCCUGCCAUCGCAGUGUACCCGCAGUUCUUCGACCUCGUCGUCCAGCAGCUCCAGAGCGCGGACCACGCAUUAUGCGGCAACGCUCUGAUGCUUAUCAACGCGCUCAUCCGCGAUGCCCUGUCGAGUCCGGCCGGAGAUGCGAAUGGCUCGGCCAACGGCGCGGGUGGCAGAGAAGACUGGGCUAAGCUGGUCAAGCGUCUGCAAGAUCUUGGCUUGAUACGGGCGGUGUAUAAGCUUAUGCAAAGCUCGUCACUACAAGAUCUGGCCGUGCCGAUGCUCGAGUUUCAGUCUCUGAGCAAGCUACUCAUACGCAAGUGGCGUGAAGUCAAGGUGGACCUGGACCGGCCAGAACAUCGACGGUCGCUCAAGAGCAUACACCUGACGAGUGCGCCCGAACGCGCUGCAGUCAAUGGAACGCCCAAGGAGGAGAACUCGGAGACAGGCAAGAAGAAGCACAACCCCGAGAAGUGGCGGAGGCUUGGCUUCGAGACCGAGAGCCCAGCACAGGAGUUCGAAACGGCGGGAUACUUGGGCAUGAUGGACUUGACGGACUAUGUUCGACGGCAUGAUGACGCCUUCCAGAAGCUGCUGCUUGAGCAGGCAACACGGCCGGCUUCGGUCCGCUGCCCAGUCGCGCGAGCGAGUCUGGCGGUGACCAUGAUCCUAUACGACCAUUUUGAGGUUGACAAGACCGACCUCGAGGACACCAAGGGAUACCAGGGCGUAGAGAUGAAGGACCAGGACAAGCUGUUCCAGCCGCUGUUGCUGCAGUGGUCAAGGCUUCACGCGGCCGGCCUCCAAGGCUUCUUCCGAAUGUGGAAAUCCACAGCUGCCGAGGUCGACGAUUUCGACAAAGUCGCUGAGCUGACACGUAUACUGAUUGAGCAAGUUGUCAGUCAGUCCACACGGACAAAAGACAUAUUGGAGGUGGAAGACGACAUGCACGAGUACGACAUCACCCGCCUGCGGAACCUGCAGCUGGAGCUGCUCGAGUUGGCAUUCGAGGAUACAUGGGGCGAGCACCUGUACCAGGUGCGCGAGGUGCUCAAACAGGAGGCCCUCCAGUUUGUCAAGGAGCAGCGAGUGCGCUGCCUCCUACAGGGGUCGUGGUUCAGCAGGCAGACUUUGAAUCGGGAUGCCAAUGGCGACGGCGGCAACAAGACGACAACUUCGUGGCGUUUUGCCAAGCUGUCACACAACCGCCGGUUCCUUCACUAUUGCGACUUCGAGCAGCAGAUGGCGCAGGACCCCGGCUUGGACAACCUGACUGAAAAGAUCGACCUCGCAACCAUAAGCUCCGUGGUGUCCAACGUGUCGGCGCCGAAUGAGGACGCCAAGAGCACGACCAGCUCGUCGACGGUGCAGAAACUGAGCAACAACCCGAAGGCAACAACCAAGAUUACCAUUUUCCGAUACGUCGAACCGUCAGAGGCUACCAACGGCAGCGAAGCGAAAGAGCAGCCGAUGCUGACGCUUUGGCCGAUGAGCCACAGCCUGGCGUCAGAGUGGCUUGACGGCCUCCUCAUGUUGCUCAACCAAGCGCCGAUAACGGCUGAGACUAGUAAGCUCAUCAACUUGGUCAGUGACUACGGCCUAAAGAUCCGGCUGCUCAACGUCCGGAUGGACUCGUCGUUCGAGGGUCCGCCUCCGGGGGCUGGGGUGGUACCGAGCAGAGCGGGGCUGGAUGAGGACUACUUUUUCGAGGUAUAA